AGUCGCUAGCGCUACUGAAGUGAGAAAUCUCAAAUCCGAACGCAGUAUCACUUUUUAUAGAAAAAAACUGCGGUAUUUUAUAAGAAAUGCUAUAAAUGAAAAUAGAAGAAUCAUAGAAAAACUGAUGUGAUAAUCGUGUUAAAUGUGUUCACAAAACUGCUAAAAUGAUCUUAUGCUAUUCAAAUUGGUUUCCAAAUCAAGUCUUCUCUUGUCAGCCAUAGUAGAUGUGCUGUGUACGCUAAAAUCUCUCUUUGUGCUUUUGUUAAGAAUCGAGUGCUUGUUAAGAGCUGUGAUUAUUUUGUAAUAUAUGUUUUACUACAAGUUAAAGAAGAAAAGUAUGUUCUGGACCGCAUAUUUAUGAAAUCUCUUGUAAUAUGAUUUUUUUAUACUGUAACCUCAAUCGGGCGGAAGUAACAAAUCCCGCUGGUAUCAAAAGUUGUUUUUAGAUUGUAGUAUCAAUUCAAUUAUAAAAUCAUACAAUCUACAUAGUCUUCGAAAGCUUAAUUUUCAUGAUAUAUAGAAUGGUGGAAAUAGGUGCUCCUCAACAGUCUGCAGAAGAAAGUUUGGAAAAUGCCGAAUGGUACUGGGGCGAUAUUACUCGGGAUGAUGCCAAUGAAAAAUUAAGAGACACCUGUGAUGGCACCUUUCUAGUCCGUAAUGCUUCAAAUAAAGAUGGUGGUUACACAUUAACUGUAAGGAAAGGAGGCACAAAUAAACUGAUAAAGAUUUACAACCAAGAUGGCCGCUAUGGGUUCUGUGAACCAUAUGAGUUCAAUUCAGUUGUUGACCUGGUUAGGUUCUACAGAGAAUAUUCAUUGGCACAUUGCAAUAGCAGCCUAGACAUCAAGCUCACACAUCCACUCUCAAGGCUACAAGAUAAUGAUGGGGGUGAAAAUAUUAAUGAUGAAACCCUUGAAUUGAACUAUAAAGAAAUCCAUAAAAAAUUUGUCUUAAAAACAAGGGAUUAUAAUGAGCGGUCAGAAAAAUACUUGAGGCUUAGAGAAGAAGUUAAAUUUAAGAGGCAGACCUUAGAUGCAUUCAAAGAAACUGUGAAAGUAUGUGAAGAACAUUUAAAAUUACAAGAAAAAAUGCAGGCAGAAGCACAACCACAUGAGAAAAAUGAUCUCAUUGAAAAUAAUAGGCAGCUCAUUUCAAGAGUAAAUAGUUUAAAACAAGCAAGGGCCCAGCAUCACAACAUUUUGAGGGAGACUGUUGAAUCUAAUUUGCUUCUUGAAAGAGAAAUAACUAAAUUAAAGUCUGAGGUUAUCAAUCUGUAUAAAAUUAAAGAUCGGUACAAAACAUGGCUACAAAGAAGGGGAAAAACUGAUGAAUAUUUGCAAGCAUUAGAGGAUGAUAAUAUACACAAACUUGAAGAGUUGUAUGCGCAUCGAGAGAGUAUUACAUGGAUGGUAGAAAACUGCACUCGUGAUAUGGCAACAAGGCUUUUAGAAGGAAAACCCCAGGGCACAUUUUUAAUAAGACCUAACUCUACAGGCCAAUUAGCUUUAUCUAUUAUUUGUAAUAAUAUGGUAUAUCAUUGUAUAAUAUUUAAGACUGAACGAGGAUAUGGCUUUGCUGAACCCUACAAUAUUUACAAGACCUUAAAUGAACUUGUCCUCCAUUAUGCUGUAAAUUCCUUAGAAGAACACAAUGACCAAUUAAGAACUGCAUUAAAAUAUCCAAUCAAUGCACAUUUAGUGAAAAAACCUGACAAGAAAGUCCAUGACACACAAGAAACCCAUCAAUAUCAUGAUAGUCAACAGGAUAGUCAUCUACGCACACACCAGCAUCGACAAUGGGAUCAGAGGCAAGCACUUCCAUAAAAAAAACUAAUUUCCCCAAUUUGAGGUUAUUAUUUAUUGAAUGUAUUGUGAUUUUGAUGUUAUAUUAUGACAUCCUGUACAAAGUGAUAAUUGAAAGCAGUCACUUUUUUCAAUAUCCAAAAAUUUUAUACCAUAAUAAUGAAGGCACUCUUUCAUUUAAUUUGAUAGUGAUAUUUUAUGUAUAAUUGUGAUAAUAUGUGAACACUGAAUAUUAAUAAAA